AUGCCCCCCUCCCUCCACCCACCACCGCCCUCGUCUCCUCCCACAGACCUCUCGGUGGCCGUGAUCUCCGCCUGGGACGCCGACGACCACGCGGAGGGCACCAACGCGCGCCUCACCUACUCCAUCGAAAAGAACGUGAUCCACGAGCGUUCCGGGGAGGCCAUCUUCAUCGUCCACCCACACACGGGCCUCAUCCGCACCGCCCUCUGCUGCCUGGAUCGAGAGACCACGCCUGAAUACACAAUCCAGGUGGUGGCGACCGACGGCGGAGGCCUCAAGGGCACGGGGACAGUGGUGGUGCGGCUGGCAGAUGUGAACGACAAUUCCCCUCGCUUGACCCGGCAGUUGUGGGAACUCGAGGUGGAGGAGACGUGGGGGACCGACGCCCCCGCCAACACGACGCUGCUGGAAAUCACGGCCGCCGACAGGGACACGGCGAACUACUUCUUCUACAGGUGGUUUAAGACAGCUCACCUUCUCAGACAGAAGGUAGAGUCAGUGCCUAUACGAAAGAAUGUGAGGAGGAAGCUGUUGCCCAUGAUAGAUCCAAAGGGACUGCAUAGACCGAUACGGUUUGGCACCAGUGGCGUCGCAGGAGUUGUCAGAAUGAGAGCCUCUUCCCUCACGAGCAACCUUCUGCGUGUCCCCCGGCAGGUGGUGGAACGCAGCGGGUGGGGGUGGGAGCACUUCGGCGUGCGGGCGGAGGGCGCCGUCGGCCACCUCUACGCCCGCCAGACGCUCGACUACGAGGACGACACGCACAGAAGGGGAUUCAAGUUCAUGAUCCAAGUCACCGAUAGGGGUCGCGGCGGAUGGCAAGACCCCCGGCACUUGGACUCCGCGUGGGUGGCCGUGAAGCUUCGAGACUUGAACGACAACCCUCCUACGUUCUCACGUUCACACUCCCACGUCACGGUGAAGGAGGAUACACAGCCAGGCACUCUCCUCACCACCCUCAGCGCCCAUGAUCCGGACAUGAAACGACUAAGCAGUGUCCGAAGCACGGAAAAUUUAACCGGCACAAGAGCAAGGGCAUUUGGUAUUACUGUACAAAAAUACGAGACUCUCCUCCUACCCCCUGAAACGAACAAGGAACAAUGA